GACCGGGUCAGAAUUGAUAGGUGACGGUCCAGUUAGAAUUGGGCUUUGACGUAAAAAAAAAAAAUGUGUAACUUUGUUCUUUGCCUAAACGAUUGGCUUUGUGUCCAAGAGUAGACCGCCGACUUAGAUUUUUUCGCCGACGAGAGAAUAUAUAUAAAUGGCUCGUCUUUUUCCAAACGAUUUCUUCUUCUUCGUCGUCGCCGGUUUAGGGUUUCCGUUGCUGUAGCAAUUUUCUCUCGCUUCUCUCUCCCCUUUUACAGUUUCUCUUAUAUUGCUCUUGCCUUGCGUCCAAUCUCAAGAGUUCAUAAGAGUUGACAUUUGUGAACAUCGAAGAAAUACGGUGACGUUUCUUCUCUGAUUACUUUUUGCCAACAUGAAUACUAAUGUAUUUAUCAACAAGUGCUACAGCCUGUUUUUUUCGAAGCUGUUGGUGAGUUCCCAUCCUUAGUACUGCUAGACAGUUCGGUGUGUUAGUUGACUUUAUAUUCAAGGUUAUAGGUUUAGUGUUGUUAGUAGAGAAAAAUGGAAGCCAAAAUCGUCAAGGUAUCGGAUAGUAGUUAUAAAGAUGGUCUUGGGAAGAAGAGAAAGCAUCCAGGGAACUAUACUCCUUAUGAUUCUGGAAGGUCAUAUGCAAAGCUGCAAUGGGUGCUUUCACCCAACAGUUCCACCCAGAAGCUUGAGAAAAGGAGAAAUUUGGAUGGUGAAAACAAAGUUAUUGUUUCUGAGAAUCAUGUUGAGAAGUCUUUGGUCAGAUACUUCUCUUAUUAUAAGAAGACAGGAGUGCCAAAACGUGUAAUGUUCCAUGAGAAUGGUGAAUGGAUUGAUUUGCCUGAUCAUAUUCUAUGCGACAUCAGGAAUGAUCUUGAAGCAAAGAGAGCUACAAUUGAGUUCAAUUGGUGCGGUCGCCAUUUUCUCCUGGAUUUCUUGCACAUGUAUCGACUAGACUUGGAAACAGGUGUAAAAACCCAGCUUGCUUGGAUUGAUAUUGCUGGCAAAUGCUUUUUCCCUGAAACUUUUGACACCCUCGAAAGGGACGGCUGCCAUCAUAUCCGUGGGGAAGAUCCGGAACAACAUGAUCAACGUGAGAUCAAGCUGCACAUUGAAAUUGAUGUAAAUAGUGGGGAGUUACCGAGGCUGAAUUUGAAUGUGGUCACUGACGAGUCUGGUGACAAUAUGGAUGAUUUUCAAGCUGUUCAGAGAUCCUCAAAUGGGCCAAAUGACGAGGCAUCAGAGGAUAGCUGCAGCCGUGAGCUUGAUGAUGCUGUUGAGAAAUGGGACAAAACAGAAACUGAUCGGUUCUCUGGUGUCAAGCCUGCUGAGGAGGAGCUUGAUAAAGAUGCUGUCAAACAAAUGUUUGCUUUGGGUGCUGCCACUCUAGGGCAUGUAGAGUCGCUUGAUGUGUAUCAGUUUUCAAGCGAGAUUGCAAAGGCUCGUCUAUCUCUUUUCCAGAAGCAAGCUGACAUCACUAAGAAACACCGAGGAGAUGCAAACAUUAGAUAUGCAUGGGUUCCUGCGAAGAAGGAAGUGUUAUCUGCCGUGAUGAUGCAUGGACUUGGAGUGGGUGGAGCAUUCAUUAAAAAGUCUAUGUAUGGUGUUGGGGUUCACGCUGCAAACUGCCCUUAUUUCAGUGCUAGAUACUGUGAUAUUGACGAUAAUGGUGUGCGGCACAUGGUUUUGUGCCGCGUAAUAAUGGGGAAUAUGGAGCCUCUUCGUGGUGAUAACACGCAGUACUUUACUGGUGGAGAAGAGUAUGAUAAUGGGGUUGAUGAUGUUGAGAGUCCAAAGCAUUACCUUAUCUGGAACAUGAAUAUGAACACUCACAUUUACCCAGAAUUUGUAGUUAGCUUCAAGCUGUCUAUCCCCAAUGCUGAAGGUGAUUACCAUUUGUUAUUUCUCCUGUAAUUUCCAUAAAAAUCAACUGAUGACGCAUUGAAUGGGAGACAGCAUAUAGAUCUUACUGAAGAUCAGCUAUUUGGAUCCUGAAAUCUUCCUCUAUAAGUUAGAAAAGGAUCCACAUCACCUUGUGACCUCUGGGGGUGGUAAACAUACUUCAUCAUCCCAAGGGUCCAGUGAGAUAUCCAUGGCUAAUAUAUAUGGGUAUUUCGAUGAUCACAUUUGUUUUCUGUAGUAUUCGAAACGGGAUGACAUGUUUUGUUUGUGCAGGGAAUAUUCUUCCUACUACUCAGAGUAGGCACGAGAGUUCGGGACUCACCUUGGAAGGACCCAAAGGUUCUCCCUCAAAUGAGCCAGGAAGGGUAUCAAAUGGAGGUUCAGGGAGCGAAAAGAAUAGCUCCAGCAGUAGAAGGCCCAGAUCUCCUAUAAUGCCUUUCCCUCUGCUGUUCAAAGCAAUCUCGAGCAAAAUUGCUCGUAAAGACAUGGAUUUGAUAAUUGCUGGUUACCAGGAACUCAGGGAGAAGAAGGUGUCGAGAAAGGAAUUUUAUAAGACGCUGAGUAUGAUUGUAGGAGAUGAUGAUCUGCUGAUAUCUACAAUAACAGGCCUUCAAAGGAGUUUGGGUUAGAUUAAUGUGUCGACUUCUCUUUGCUGUCGUGAAACCUUAAUAGUUUGGAUUACGACAAACGUGACUUGAUCUUUAGAAACUUAGUAGUAGUACUGUUAUAUUUACUCUUUUGGUGAAACUAGUCUCCAUUAUCCUGUUUUUCUUUACUUGGAAUCAAAGAGUCUUUUAUUGAUCAACAGCCUUGGUUCUUUGUGAGGUUUAAUUCAUC